UUUCGAACAGCGAUGCCAAGCGUUGCAUAUAUUUUAUUCUCAGCCACCUGUUGCAUUCUUCAUAACACAUUUUCACAUACAUAACCACACCAAAGACACAGACUCGAAUCCUUUUUAUCCUGCACAACCUGCUUCAGAUAACUUCAUCUACGUCUCCAACACACCCAAUCAGAACUAAAACCAUGUCUUUCACCAUGAAAUACACGAUGCUCUUCUUCAUCCUGGCGAUGGUCUCACCACUGGCUCAGGCAUACCAAACCAUGCGCAUCCCAAAUCCACUCCGCUACACCUUCAACGCCUACUUGAACGAUAAUACUACGCGGGACAACUACACAGUUGCCCUGACCGCCGAUCAAUUUCCCUGCAAAGGCUACAUGUCUGACAUGUACACUGAUCCAAACGGAAAUGGAUGGCCGGUAACACCAUAUGAAGCAGGCGAAGCGGCGUGGAUCAUCCUCACGGGUGAAUCACUUGGCGGCAGCGGCCAGAUCUCCAUGUCUGGCAACAACGGCUCUCUCACGGUCAUCCAUACUUUCGAAGGAAAUGUGGGCACGUCCAACCAACAGCAACUAGACUUCACCGUCCCCGUCGACGCGCCUACGGGCACGGCGGUCUUGGCAUUCUCAUACUUCCCACUCGGUAGUAAUGAGGUGUGUGUGUCUUGUGCUGCCAUCACUAUCAAACCUGCCCAGGAAAAUGCUACACUCCCAACUACCCCUUUCGCCUCUCGACCAGAUAUUUUUGUCUCUGACAUGAAUAACUCCUGUACUCGAGACCCAACAAAGGAGGUCAUGUUCCCAAACCCAGGCCCAGACUACACCAUGAAUCACACCGUGCCAAUGGCGUCUGAAGUCAACACCAUCUUCGGAACAUGCUUACCAGUCAACGGAUACGGAAAUGGGGCAAAAGACAAUGCCACUCAGUCCCUCGACUCAGUACCCUUCCCAAUUCCAACUUCCUCCACACACUCAGCAGGAUCAUCCACCGGAUACCUCGUCGUACACCACCCGAACGGACACAACUCCACUCACGGAAGAAACAGCACCCGCCCCACGCACACCGCACGCCCAAUAGCCAACUCAACCUCCACAAUCACAAUCCACACCCACACUCCCGGCACCGCUCCCCGCUCAAACCCAUCAGGAACAUCCAAUCCCUUCGCAUCACUACCCAUCUCCCAAGACGGACAGUGUGGAAAGGAGAGCAGAUGUCCUGCUGGUCUGUGCUGCAGCAUGUUCGGGAACUGUGGUACGGGUGUAAACUACUGUGGGUCGUUCACUUGUAAGGUUGGGUUUGGAGCGUGUUCGAAGUUUGACAAUGGGACGGUGCCGGUGGCUGAGGUGAAGAGAGGUGUAGCGGGGAGAGUGAGGUGGUGAAUGUGAGAGAUACUGAAUUGAAGCUUGCUUUGUACCCUUGAUAUUUGACUCUUUUUCGCGUGUGAUUUGAAUUGAAUUAUAUGAAUUUUUGCUAACAUGCUUGAUAGGCCCGUAGUGUUGCCCUCAUACCUUCGAGAUCAUGAGGUAGGCCUCCACAAACGAAACCCGUCCCAACAUAUCAUCUCAAUUGAGUAUUCACAGAUCAAAGCUCCGAGACUCCAUUUUCAUCUUUCCAAUGUGCACUUAAUAACUUAAUCCUGGAUGACACGUCGCACUUUCCCCAGACAUCUCGAUCCUCUCACUGGGACACUUAUUUCCACUGUCCUCCCCCGAAAUUUCAACCGGCAUCUCUUGAACAGCGCUCAUGUCGUAUCGCUACUAGGUCCUACAGAGAGAUAUCU